AUGGAGCAACCUCAUUGGCUCUUUGAACAAAAGCUCCAACACCUUGUCACGCUUCUUCAAACUAAACUGGCAUUGCUUCAAACACUUCUACUAUCCCUCCCACUCGAGGACACUGCAGGAAAUCUCAUUUUAUAUCCUGAGCAUAAAGCCGCUCUCCUGGAUAAUUCCUUUGAAGCCCAAUUUUGCUCCCCUCCGUGCAACCCCAACACCAACAUCUCUUUCAUGACAAACCGAACCACCAGCGCACACCUCCACUGCGUAAUUAAAUUGCGUUCCCUAGACGGCGUGCUCCUGGGACAGACGGCAUUAACAAUAGCGCCCUUAAACAUAGCGGAUGCAAAACCAUCACACAUCUAUGCCGCAUAUUCAACUGGUGCAAAUGACUCAAUUAUUUCUGUCUGCAGUUGA